AUGAGAUAUGAUGGAACCCAAGACCUUCAGGAACACCUGACGGCCUUUGAGACCAGGAUGAACUUCGAGGGUGUUGGCGACGCGGUGAAAUGUCGUGCUUUCCCUGUGACUUUGGCAGGACCGGUAAUCCGGUGGUUCAAUACGCUCCCGCAAGGGUUCAUUACGACCUUCUCAAACAUAACGCGCAGCUUUUUAGCACAGUUCACCACACGCAUUGCCAAAGCCAAACACGUUAUUAACCUUUUAAGGGUCACCCAAAGUGCUAGGGAGCCGACUAGGAAGUUCCUCGACAGAUUCAACGACGAGUGCCUAGAAAUUGAUGGCUUGACCGACUUAGUGACCAGCCUAUGCCUGACGAACGGUUUGUUAAAUGAAGAUUUUAGAAAGCACCUCACUACCAAGCCCGUGUGGACAAUGCAAGAUAUCCAGAACAUAGCGAUAGAGUACAUUAACGAUGAGGAGGUUACCCAGGUGGUAGAGGCUAAUAAGCGACAGCCGGCCAACCCUACCCCUCCCCCAAUCGUGGAAGUCUACCAGCAGAUCGCUGAUAAGGGGAUCUUGUCAAAGCCCCGACAACUGAAAGACAGGACAGGUGGGAACAAGAGCUUGUACUGUGACCACCAUAAAGGUUUUGGCCACAAAACCCAGGAUUAUUUUGAUCUAAAGGAUGCCUUGAAACAAGCCAUCUGCAGGGGCAAGAUGACCGAGAUUUCCCAGUUCAUAAGGGAUCCCAGGCGAAGGGAGCGCAAACGUUCCAAGGAAGAUCGUGGCCAGGCCGUGAUGCCGAGACAAGGACCUAGUGAAGACGCAGACAACUCCCUUACUGUGGUUAACGUCAUGGUCGAGAGAAACGUCCCAGAUCAAGGUCUGCUACCAAAAAGGACGCCAGAGUCUUGGCCGUAUCCUCGGGGAGCUAUAGGCCCUCGUCCAGGGAACCUCCAAGAAUAUCGUUUGGGCCAGAAGACCAAUGAUUUCAUGACAUACCGAAAAAUCCCCCUAUGGUGA